GACUCAUCUCGUUCACCACAGUAUAAGACAAGACUUCUACUAUCGUAUCUUGCUUGGAACUACCGGCUUUCACUCUUCUACGUAUUCGAUAUCGCCCUCUGAAUCCAUCCAAUCAUUCUGCGCAAAUGUCGAGGCCCGCCGCUGGCGCGAAUGGCGCCACCGCUGGAAAGGCUGCCGUUGGGCCGGAGCAUGACGCCUCGGGACUCUCUCAGACUUUACAGGGCCAUAUCGACGAUAUCCGAUCCCUUAUACAGUGUGGCAUCUGUAUCCGACCACUCUACGAACCCUUCACCCUUGCCUGUGGGCAUACAUUCUGUUACAGCUGUUUAACCUCAUGGUUUGGGACCGGGAGGUCUAACAAAACAUGCCCCGAUUGCCGGUCUCCCGUGAAAUCGCAGCCGGCACCUGCUUACUUGGUCCGCGCAGUCGUUCAGCUGUUCACGAGCCGACCGGAAUUACUAGAAAAGGGCGAGACCACCGCCGAACACGGCAACAACCAACGAGCAGAAGCAGAUCGAGUGGAGGUGGACAAGAAGAAUGCACAUCCGCGGGAAGGUGGGCUGUUUCGGGGCACAUUUAACAGGGGGAGGCCAUCGGCACAGCCCAUCGUGGAUCUUGAAGACAAUGUCAUGCGAUGUCCUGUCUGUUCGUGGGAACUCGAGGAGGAUUCGGCUUGCGAGCAAUGUGGAUAUCGCCAGAAUGACGACUCUGUGUCGGAUGUGAGCGAUUACCUGAGCGAUUCGGAGCUGAAUUCGGAGAUGACCGACUACAUGGACGACGAACUGGAGGACGGCUUUGGCGAAAUGGAUGAUUUCGCGUGGAACGGGCUGUAUGACGGAAUCCCCGUGGAAGCGUUGUCUUUCGACAUCCCUCACCAGCUGUAUGGCUUACACAGGAGUCAACACCACCCCAUUGUGUCGCAUCGCCCCGCACCCUUUGGAUACAUACCCGAGAACCAUCACCAUCACUGGCCCGGUGAUUCGGCGUCUUCCGCCAUUCAGGACAGCGAAGAUGAUUCGGAUGAGGAUGACACCGACAUGGAUUCGUUCAUUGACGACGACGAACACUUCGACGACUACGGCACCGGGUCGGAUCGGUCGACAGUCGUUGGAGGUCCUGACCGCAGCACGCAAGAUCACCACGAUGACCCCCACAGCGGCACCGAGGGCUCCGUGGCAGAUACAUAUGGCGGCUUGAGUGAAUUAGAAAGCGAAGAGGAUGACGAAGACGAGGAAGAACAACCUAUUCGCCCCGCUACCGGUGCGAUUCGACGUCGGCGAGUACCGACGAUCCAUAUCCCCUCCAGCUCCCCGCGUAGGCCCAGCGCCCACCUCGCGGCUGACUCGUUCUUGGAUUCGAUUCUCCGACAGAACCGUCGGCCUCAACCUUCACAUUCGACCGGAUCGUCUGUUAACGACGCGAUUAGUUUAGAGGACGACUCGGACGAAGGCCCGGUUGGGCCAACGCGGAGGGCGCGGGGCAGGGGCAAUCGCUGCUGAUGCUUCACGUUCAGUUUUCAGUGACAUGAAGUGGACGACCUUUAUUUCUUCUCCAGUUCUAUUAGCGAAUACUACCAAAUCCUUAUGAUAUCCACCCCGACGGCCCAGACUGGCCAAGCACAAGGUCCUCCGUCAUGGCUCACCAUUUUCAAUGGAACCUCUUGAUGUGUCUUACUGCUAUGUCGAUGUUGGCUCAAGGCAGGCAGAGAAUAACCGUUUCCCUUGAUUGAGGAAGGACAACACUGGUGUCACACAAUAUAAUACCCCCUAACCGUCCACGGUGUAAAUUCUGCUUUGCCUUUUUUUUUCAUUGGUCGAGGGUCUUGCCUGUUCCUCGUUUGACCACGGAGCCAUUACUUUUUUUGCUUUAUUGCGAUCACACUGGGAUGCAUGUACUACCAAUCCAGCUAUGGAAUCAGUCGUACCUAGAUUAUCUAUUCCGGGGGGUACCUCUAGCUACUUAGUGAUUUGAGAACCAGUCCAGUCGCCCAUAAUAGCGUCGUGGUGCUGGCCAUCU